AUGGACAGUUCCCAAUAUGAUCUUUUCAAACGACACGAACGAGGGAACUGGUUGGUCCCUUACUAUGCAGCGUACGUACUCUCUAUCGCUUUGCGCGAUCUCACAAAUGCCGGUACAGAAACGGAAAGUGUCGCCGGAGACGGAUGCUCGGAUGUGUCGAACGCAUCUGAUACACGGCUUUUUACGGUCGUUCGCAAGACUUCUGAAACCACAGACACAUUCAAUGUUCUUGGAGAAAGUUGCGAAAAUCGUGGGAAAACACGAAACUAG